GAAUGCGUAACUACAUGCCGCUAUAUCUUCUUGACUUUCAACAACCAUCUUACUCUUGCACUUAACGCUAUAUCUCUCUGGAAUACCCUUUUCUACUGUAAUACCAGUACAUAGAUGUUGAAACUCGUUCAGCUAUACGUAUAUGACCUUAGUAAUGGACUUGCUCGGCAGUUGUCGCUUCAGCUAACCGGUAAGCAGAUAGACGGAAUUUGGCAUACAUCCGUUGUAGUUUUUGGAAGGGAGAUAUUUUAUGGACAAGGAAUCUCAAUUACACAUCCCGGCCAAUCUCAUCAUGGAAAUCCGCUGAGGAUGGUAGACGUGGGUCAGACGGACAUCGACGAAGAGACGUUCGAAGAGUACCUCACUGAAAUGAGACAACAUUACACGGCAGACAAGUAUCAUCUUUUAGAUUUCAACUGCAACUCGUUCACAAAUGACGUUGUGGGGUUCUUGACUGGCGGUUCUAUACCGGACUGGAUUAAAGAUCUACCUUCUGACUUCCUCUCAACUCCGUUUGGAGCUGCUCUGCGUCCGACGAUCGAUAAUAUGUUCCGUCGUCCUAUUCCAGGAGCUGUUUCAACGCCUGCUACUAUCCAACCCACUCCUCAGUCUGCACGAGCCGCUAUCAAUGCUUCUCCGGACCCUGCACUGGCUUCAACCCUUCUACAAUCUGUCGCUAGUCAAGCAACCUUGGGCCCUUCGAGCAUGGCUCCACCUUCGCAAUCCACGUCCACAGUCGCGGCUCCGGUGCACAUCUGUACCAAUCCAACCUCUUUCCAUAAUACCCUCAAGACACACCGUGCCGUAGUUGCGUUCUUCACGUCGGCAACUUGCGGUCCAUGUCGCAUGAUUGAACCUCUCUUUGACCAGCUGGCACAUGAGAAAACUGAGGCUGCCAAGCUUGCUGGUGGAAUCGCGUUCGCUAAGAUAGACAUGGGUGUUGGGAUGGGCGGAAUGGUGGGCAGCGAAUAUGGUGUUCGUGUGACACCUACUUUCAUUUUCUUCCUUGACGGCAUCAAGAAACAUGAGAUGAAGGGUGCCAACCGGGCUGAACUAACGUCACAAGUCAAUAUGCUUCUCUUUGAGGCGUACCCUCCUCAUCCUCACUCCAAAGUCACCAUCCCAGCAUUAGAGAAGGUGUCCACGAACCCAAUUCUUUUCACCCAGGUGCCCAAGUUAGACAUCGUCACCACGAAGUUAUGCUCCUUCGUCGACAGUGCAUCGCGGCCCAUCCCGAAUUCGCAGACGAUCAAACAUACGUUGUCAUCUGAGUUCGCAGGUUACCUAAGGGGUCAAUUCUCAUCAAAUGGCAAAGCUGUCAGAAGUUCCGCUACGCCUCAGAUGCUCACGAAGUGGACAGAAACUACAAAGACUCUGGUAGGCCAUUUACCGCCAUCUCAGCUAUUUCCCCUCGUAGAUAUGUGGCGACUAGCCAUCCUGGACAAUGUUGUCUCUUCCUGGUGUGCAACUGCGGCCGGAAACAUGACCGAUCCUAUUCAAAUACUUAUCGUGAAAGCUUUAUCGACACUCAGGAGCUCAGAGGCUCCAUCGACGAUGCGCAAUUACAUACUCACCACCUUACGACUUCUCUCGAAUACGUUUUCAGACCUCACGCUCGCUCAUCAUGUCCUCUCCCCCUCUGGGAAACGCUCGAGCGUCACGUCACUGGUCAUCACUACAUUACUUCACGAGGACGCAUCCGUUCGAACCGCCGCAUCAAGUCUCGCUUUUAACAUGGCCGCAGCCAUCCAGAAGGUUCGAAUUGAACAAAUGCGAGCGAUGAAUGGCUCGGUAUCUGGCCUGGACGAAGAUGGAGAAUGGGAGAUUGAACUCGUCAGUGCUGUGCUUGAGGCGAUUAGGAAUGAAGUCCAGAACGAAGACAUCGUGCAUCGACUGACAGCCUCGCUGGCAUUCCUCCUACGAUUAUCACCUGUAUAUGAGUCGCAACUCGCGCCGUUGCUGGAAGUUCUCCAGGCGAAGGAGACCUUGCAAUCUAAACUGGAGAAAGGCGGAUGCGGUGAACAAGGGGUUCAGAAUAACGAUAUCCGUUCGCUAAUCGCACAAGUAGCUGAAUCACUAUUAGUGCAUAUGGCAUGGGACAAUACAAGAGGGGGUGGCAUACAACAUAAAACAUACAGGGACUGCGAGCAAUGUACGCUAUAGAGCUUCAAGCUUCAAGUAGGGUCAGGGGAUUAAAGGAAGUACAAACUACGUCGGAUUCCGCUUGGCCUGACGGCUCGUUGCCAUUCUUUCAAUGGGAACUCGCCGCCGCUGACGGCAGUGGAUGCGUUGUCAAGCUGGUCACAUUGAGAAGGGUCAAUAUGAUAUUCCGCCUUCGCGCACACCAGCUGUAAAAGGCAUGUUAGUCGGUCUUCCCAAAGAUGAUAUAAAUGAUCUUCACAUCAGCAUCUAUAAGAAAGAGUUAGGAAAGCGCAGUUGAAGCUGGGCAGGCGAGACACACAGUACACAGGUGCAGGGAAGGAAACUGCCCUGGUUGCAGAAGCAUACACAUGACACAAGUAUGGUUUGGGAUAUAAAACAGGUGACUUACUGUUGAAUGCUCCAAUUCAUGUCAUUUCUUAGAACAAUGUAAUGACUAGGCCUGCUUGCUGUUUCAUGACAUAUAGUCAGUGCAAAGCAAGA